AUGGCUUUCCUUGGGUGCUUUGGAUAUAAGCUGAUAAAGCGCGGUGGAGUACCUGAUGCCCGUGUUAUUGUGGAAGACGACAAAGAUGAUGGGUUGGAUUGCACAACGAUUACAGGUCAGGUGACGAGAUAUACAAGCGGCGAGUUGAAGAAAUUCACCACGAAUUUCUCAACGUCUAAGUUGAUUGCCUGUGGUGGAUUUAGCACUGUCUAUUUAGCUGAAUUUGCUAAUUCAACUCUAGGAGCUGUCAAGAUCAUGGACAGCAGCAGCGAGCAUCUCAACAGAAUUUACAAGCAAGAAUUAGACAUCUUGCUUCAAAUCCAACAUGAUAACAUAGUCAGGCUUCUUGAUCACUGUGACGAUGCAGAAUUGGGGAAUAUGUUGGUAUUUGAAUAUGUUCCAAAUGGGACUUUACAGGACAAACUCCACGGGAAGAGAGACACAAUUAUUCCAUGGAGAAACCGUAUGACAGUGGCAUUUCAACUUGCUCAAGCCAUUGAAUAUCUCCACGAAAAAAGUCCAUUACAAAUAGUCCAUAGUGACAUCAAAGCUUCAAAUAUAUUGUUAGAUAAGCAAUUCAACUGCAAGCUUUGUGAUUUUGGGUCAGCGAAGAUGGGAUUUUCUUCCUCAGUUUUGCCACCAACGAACCGUAUGAUGCUUGGUUCUCCAGGCUAUACUGAUCCUCACUACUUGAGAACUGGCAUUGCCUCCAAGAAAAAUGACAUAUAUAGCUUUGGAGUUGUUAUUUUAGAACUCAUUUCAGGGGUUGAAGCCUUUUCCUCAGACACGGGGGAGAGACUAAUAUCAAAAGCUGCUCCUGUUCUGAAGAAUGUCUCUACAGUAGCUGAAAUGGUGGAUCCGCGCCUUAACGGGGAUUAUGAAUUGGAGGAAGCUAAGGCCAUGGCGUCGCUUGCAGCAUUGUGCUUAAGUAACUGUUCCAGUCUCAGACCCUCUGCUUCUGAAAUCUUGGAGGUUAUGAGAAGUAGAAUGUCUUCCAUCUCCUUUCUCUGUUCAGUUGAUAAAAAGGUUUGA